CGCUGGACUGACCUUGUUGCAGGCGUUAGGGGAGGAGCGGAGGGCGGAUAUGAGCGAUCGGUGAGAUGGAGUCCUCUUCCCUUGGCGCGUGGGAGUUGCAAAAAGGGAUGCUAGCUAACGAGAUUUUUUUCAGAUAUGCGACGAGCAAGUUGCUGCUUGUUCUGGCUGUUCGCGCCCUCGCGCAGCAGAGUCCGCUGACGUCGGAGUCGGAUGUGAUCGUUAAUGUUGUCUCGCCUGGCGCGUGCCAGAGCGAUCUCUUCCGCAGUGAUGCGUCGUUUGGGAUGAAGAUUGCGGUGUGGAUAAUGAACCAUGUCAUAGCGCGCAAGACGGAAGUCGGGGGCAGGGUGCUUGUGAAUGGUGCGAGUCCUGAGCUUGGCCCGGAGGCGCAUGGGGCGUUCAUUUGGGAUGGUAUUAAAGGGCCUGGUGGGCUUGCGGAGGGCCCAAAAGGCAAGGCGCUGCAAGAAGAGUGGCAGAAGGAGUUGUGGGCGAAGUUGGAGUCCAUCCAGCCCGGGGUAACGCAGGUCUAAGAGCUGGUUGUCAGAGUCUUCGGUAGAGGGCUUAAGUUAUAAGAAGCGGUGAUAGACAAUACCCUGAAUGUCGCAUUUUUCAAUUCACCUCUUUCACGUAUCC